CAGUGAGACAGUAUACAGUCAGACUGUAAUACGAGACACUCAAGAACCACAAAAUGUUCAAAAUUCUCAUAUUCUCAGCUGUCAUAAGCGCAGUGUAUUCCAAGAGUGUCAUUGUGGGUCAGACUUGGCAACAAAAUGGUAUUCGAAAAGUUUACGAAACGACAAUAGACGCAAACGCAAUACCUCUUUUUAAAAGAGAGAAGUAUUUCAACUUUGAAUAUCCCGCUGGUGAUCAGAAAAUUAAAGGGAUUGCCAUUAAGGACAUGGAUAAUGGAUUAGCAGAACCUUCGAUCACUUCUGGAGGACUCGGUUUUGGAUUUGUCAAUAUUAAACUGAAAAGCGAAAGAGGAUCGGGUUUUGUCUAUGUUAUAGAAGUUUAUGCGUAGAAAUUUGGACUGUAAACAUGUGAAGAUAAAGAGGAUUUUGUGUAGUGGUCUAAAUGACAGUGUUUUUUUUAUUUGUAUGUUAUUGAGAUUGCAUUCUGCGUAUGAGUAUGUGCCAUUAAAAUAAAUGUGUAAAGAGUUUGUAUAUUUUCUGUUUUUGAAAUGUGUCAUAUGUGAUUGGUUCUCGCUUAUUUUGAAAUUUAGAACGAUAGCAAAUAUUUUUAUUACUGAUCAGAGACCGGAUGUUCUGUUUUUUUUUUAUUUAAAAGUGUUUGCCAUCAGAAUAAAAUAAAAAGUCCGGGAAAUCUUUCGUUAAACUCCAUGUAAACGCCGUCGCACAUCUGAGCUAAACUACUAGACACUUGACCUUUCCUUCUUGCAUAUAAUUCUAUCUCAGUCACACGGUAGCAUAAAACAAUCAGUUGGCAGUCCAAGCUUCGGUUUCGUCGAGUCGACUGGUCUGAACAACUAGCAAAGAUGUAUAAAAUAAUAGUAAUAGCUCUUUUUAUAACCUUAGUACACGGUAACAGUGUGUUUGUGGGACAAGUGUACGACCAAACAGGUUUGGUUCGCAAGGUCUACGACAAAAUGGUUGAGACGACGGGUAUUCCUCUUUUAAAGAGGGAAGAGGAGGUGUUUUUCGAGUACCCAGUAGGAGACCAGAGGAUCAAAGGGAUAGCCAUCAAGGAUCUGGAGAAUGGAAAGGCUGAACCAUCAAUCACCCGCGGCGGACUUGGCUUCGGUUUUGUGAACAUCAAGCUAAAAAGUGAAAGAGGUUCCGGAUUUAAGUAUUUAAUCGAGAUCUACGCGUGAUGUGUGCCUGGCUGUUAAUAAUACUACAAUAACAAAAUGCUGGUUGUUAUUAUAAGUAAUACUCAGUGAUUAUCUCAGUGUUCUAAUUUUGAAAGACGCAUAUUGGUUAUUUAAAUUAAAUGUUUGAUUUCGUAA